CGCAGCGUCGGCAGCAGAGGUCGCGCACAGAUGCGGGUUAGACUGGCGGGGGGAGGAGGCGGAGGAGGGAAGGAAGCUGCAUGCAUGAGACCCACAGACUCUUGCAAGCUGGAUGCCCUCUGUGGAUGAAAGAUGUAUCAUGGAAUGAACCCGAGCAAUGGAGAUGGAUUUCUAGAGCAGCAGCUGCAGCAACAGCAGCCUCAGUCCCCCCAGAGACUCUUGGCUGUGAUCCUGUGGUUUCAACUGGCGCUGUGCUUUGGCCCAGCACAGCUCACGGGUGGGCUCGAUGACCUCAGCGUGUGUGCUGAUCCAGGCGUUCCAGAGAAAGCUUCCGGAACCCCCAGUGGAGGCGUUUUCUUCGAAAGUUCUGUAACCCGGUUUCACUGCCAAGACGGAUUCAAACUGAAGGGCUCUACCAAAAGACUGUGUAAAUAUUUUAAUGGGACCCUAGGCUGGGUCCCGAGCGACAGGACCCGUCUGCAUACAAGAAGCUGUCUGUGGAGCCCAGAGGUGUUGGAGCCCCCAGAGCUGGAGAUGCAGGUCACCAUGCACAACAUGAGUCCUUCAGGACCUGGAGCCUGGGUGAAAGCACCUGGUCGCAUGGAAAUGCUGAAAUUGGCCAAAGACCGAGAGUACACUUUGUUGGCACAACCAUUGCAGACCUGUGAGAUCAGGAUGCCAGCCACCAGCUGGGCCUCUGCUUUGGUAAAACCACCAGAGAGGUUUAACUGGGAACACUUUCCUGGGGGUAACACCCUUCCUGUGAAGAAGGGGCUCCUCAUUCCUGUUUCGGUGCCUUCAAAGGCAGGAGCCCACAGUCUGGAAGAUGCCACACAGCAGGUGGCAUGCAGUCACACCCUGCAGACUGCCAGCCUCCCCCAAAUUGAAGAUGCUGAGAUUCAUAACAAGACAUAUAGACAUGGAGAUAAGUUGAUUAUCACCUGUCAUGAGGGAUUCAAGAUCCGGUACCCUGACCUAUACAACAUGGUUUCAUUAUGUCGUGAUGAUGGAACAUGGGAUAACCUGCCCAUCUGUCAAGGCUGCCUGAGACCUCUAGCCUCUUCCAAUGGCUACGUGAACAUCUCGGAGUUCCAGACCUCCUUCCCCGUGGGAACUGUGAUAGCCUAUCGCUGCUUCCCUGGAUUUAAACUCGAGGGUUCUGAGUACAUUGAAUGCUUACACAACCUUAUCUGGUCAUCCAGCCCACCCCGGUGCCUUGCUCUGGAAGUUUGUCCACUACCUCCUAUGGUGAGUCACGGAGAUUUCAUCUGCCACCCGAGGCCUUGCGAGCGCUACAACCAUGGGACCGUGGUAGAGUUCUAUUGUGAUCCCGGCUACAGCCUCACCAGUGACUACAAGUACAUCACCUGCCAGUAUGGAGAGUGGUUCCCUUCCUACCAAGUCUACUGCAUCAAAUCAGAGCAAACGUGGCCCAGCACCCACGAGACCCUCCUGACCACGUGGAAGAUCGUAGCAUUCACGGCCACCAGCGUGCUGCUGGUGUUACUGCUCGUCAUCCUGGCGAGAAUGUUCCAGACCAAGUUCAAGGCCCACUUCCCCACCAGGGGUCCUCCCAGGAGCUCCAGCAGCGACCCUGACUUCGUGGUAGUGGACGGUGUGCCUGUCAUGCUUCCGACCUAUGAUGAGGCUGUGAACGGAGGCUCGAGUGCCUUAGGCCCCGGGUACAUGGCCUCUGUGGGCCAGGGCUGUCCUCUACCUGUGGACGACCAGAGCCCUCCAGCAUACCCGGGCUCCGGGGACACGGACACGGGUCCUGGGGAGUCAGAAACCUGUGAGAGCACCUCGGGUUCUUCUGAACUGCUCCAGAGUUUAUAUUCAGCCCCCAUGUGCCAAGGGGCCAGCCACCCUGCCCCAGAUACCCCUGACACGAUUUCGAGCACAGCAGGGGAGGUGGCAUCCACCAGCCCAGGCAUCGACAUCGCAGAUGAGAUCCCUCUCAUGGAAGAAGAUGCCUAGCCGGGCCAAGUCGUGGUCAUUCCACUGUUCCCUUUGGGGGAAAGAGCCUUGACCCUUGGAGUGAGGCCACAGGCAGACAGAGCCUGGGGGAGACCCGGGCGUUUUCUAAUCUAUCUGCGUGGGGACAGUGAUCACACCACACGUCUCCAACAGGACUGCAGGUCUAAUAACCAGCAGUGACAGUGCUUUUCAAUGAGACCCACAGGUUUGUCACAGCAGGGAACCAAGGACUCUCUGCAUCCCCCCCCAUGACAGCAUUGAGCGUCUCUUGCUCCAGAGCGUGAUACAGUGCCGCACACAUCCCAACGAAUUACAUAUCUUGUUGGCUUGUGUUAACAGCACUCCCCGCCCCUCUGACAGCAUGUCACAUUGUGUCAAUCCGCUUCUAAAAUCUGCUUUGAACUGUCUAGGGACUCUAGAUCUGGACAGUUCUGCCACUGUAGAAAGCCCAUGUUAAUCGGCCAGCCCAGGAGCAGAUCCUUCUCCUGUCCCUUGUUAGUAAGGGACAGACUCUCAAGGCAAGACUCUCAUGUACACCUACAUCAGGACCACUGUCAAAGCAGGAUGGGCGGUUCGAAUGAGAAACGAAAGAAAGAAGAAGCCAACUCUGCUUUCUGGAGAUUACCUCACGCAGAGUGCCCCUCCCCCCACACCCAUGCCCUGUGCUGUCCUCUGGUGACCAGCAUCCGUAUCCCUAUCCGUCCGUGGUCUGGCAGUGGAUCCAUGGCGUGGGAUAAACCUGUGGCUUUCCUUGGUGAGAACACAUCUUGUGGUGGACCAGGAAACUUGGUCAGGAUUGGUUUGGGUAUUUCAGAGAGACACCACUCACAGCCUUCCUCUGUGGGUCAUUGUUUUCACAUUGUCCCUGAUCCUAAAACUUAACCGUGCUUUUAUUUUCCCAAACGGAAAGUGUCUGUAAAACACAUUCUGCAUCCGAAGAAAGUGUAAGUCAGAUGUUUUGCGCCCCCUGACCCCCCCCCGCCCAGCUCUCUGUUUUGUCCUGCAAAGUCUGAAGGCUGGCCUCCCAGCCCCAAGUCACCCGGCUAUCUUGCUUUCAGGGGGCCUUUGGCCCUGUCUGCCUGCCAUCCUGCAUUCCUCCUGUGAGGGUCUCAUGACGCCCACUGGGUGUUGUGCCUAAGAAAUGGAUUGGUUUUUAGAGAAUCCCCAGUGCAGAAGCGUCUCUUCUGCAAAUACAUGUUGGUCUGUGG